AUGUACUUCAAAAUUUGGCAGAAGACGUCCAUUCAUUCUGGCAGGAUCUCUUAUGAUCUCGUUUGCUACAUUGGAUACAUAUUAGGGGAUACAAAAGAGCAUUGCAGAACAUUUAAAGGGACCCGAACAAGGGCUGCUGUUAUAUUUAUUCUUGGGUUCUGGAUGCUGGACCUUGCCAACAACACAGUGCAGGGGCCAGCUAGAGCACUUUUGGCAGAUCUGGCAGGUCCUGAUCAACGCAAUGUAUCAAAUGCUGUCUUUUGCUCAUGGAUGGCAGUGGGCAACAUUCUAGGAUAUUCGUCUGGUGCCAGUGGAAAGUGGAACAAAUGGUUCCCUUUCUUGACAAAUAGAGCUUGCUGUGAGGCAUGUGGCAAUCUUAAGGCAGCAUUUCUUGUUGCUGUGGUGUUUUUGACAUUAUGCACACUUGUAACCCUAUAUUUUGCUGAUGAAGUUCCGCUUAUCACUGCAAGUAAACAUCACCAGUUAUCAGAUUCUGCUCCUUUAUUGGAUGAACAAAAUGGCAUUGAAUUUUCAAAACAAAAGCCUUUAUCUGUUAUAAAUGAGUCCAAUGGUAAGUUAAGCGAGGAUCGCUCUGAGGAAGUUGUAAAUCUGAAGCAUGAGAGUUUCAAUGCUGGGGAUGAUCAUAAUGAAAAUUUAAUGGAUGGGCCUGGAGCAGUAUUAGUUAACUUGUUGACAAGUUUAAGGCAUUUGCCACCUGCUAUGCAUUCAGUGCUGGUUGUAAUGGCUCUCACGUGGUUGUCAUGGUUUCCCUUCUUUUUGUUCGAUACGGAUUGGAUGGGAAGAGAAGUUUAUCAUGGGGAUCCAAAAGGGACCACUUUGGAAGUAGAUCUUUAUGAUCAAGGUGUUAGAGAAGGUGCAUUUGGUUUGCUAUUGAAUUCUGUUGUGCUUGGAAUUAGCUCUUUUUUAAUCGAACCAAUGUGCAAGUUGAUGGGUGCAAGAUUAGUAUGGGCAGUGAGCAAUUUUGUCGUCUUUGUUUGCAUGGCUGGCACUGCUAUCAUUAGUCUAAUUUCUGUCCAUGAUUAUACUCGAGGGAUAGAACAUGCAAUUGGAGCAAGUGAAGGAAUCAAGUAUGCUUCUCUGGUUGUGUUUGUUCUGCUUGGAUUUCCACUUGCGAUUACCUACAGUGUUCCCUUUGCUGUUACAGCAGAGUUGACUGCUGAUUCAGGUGGUGGCCAAGGAUUGGCUAUAGGAGUUCUAAAUCUUGCAAUUGUUGCUCCACAGAUGAUUAUAUCCCUUGGUUCUGGUCCAUGGGAUGCUCUCUUUGGUGGUGGCAAUAUUCCUGCAUUUGUUUUGGCGUCUAUCUGUGCUCUAGCUGGUGGCAUUGUUGCAACUCUAAAACUGCCAAACCUUUCUAGCAGUUUCAAGUCAUCAGGUUUUCAUUUUGGCUAGCUGUUGGGAGAUCUAAUCCGUUAGUGUUUUUAACUUGUACAUGGUCCUCAGAAUUGGAAUAACAUGAAAAUUUUGGAGAGUAGGCACGUUGAUUGUGUUAUGUUGCUUUCCAUUACACAAAAGGCGCAUUACAGAUUCAAAUUCAUUCAUUCUUCCUCCCACAUUUAUGGGUGUCUGUAUUGUAUGUAAUAUAUUAUAAUGGCUGCACAAUAGAAGAAAGCUUAGGUGCAAAUAGUAAUACAUGUUUGUAAUCACCGUUAUUCAAUCAAUUAGUGAUUACAAUAUGAUGAGAUCAAUUUUGAUUGUUAAUCUUGCAACUUGGGUUCGUACUUGCUUAAAGAUUUCGAUCCAGCACACUUUUCCCCCCAUAAAAGUAUAAAUCUUUGGGUUGAGACUUUUGCCUGAAUGGAGCACACGUUAAGUUAGUUUUAUUACAGUAGAACAUAUAACACUGUAAGUUGUCUGAAAGCUAAUCUUAGAGGUUUGUACCAUGUAUGUAUAUGAUGUAUGGUGUUGUUGUAAAACCUGCUUAAGAAUGCAAAUGUAUGUUGUGGGUAA